CCGAAUCUCCCGCGAAUUUUCAUAUGGCGCCGGCACGCUUGGACAAGUCCACGACGAGUAGCAAGGAGGCCCCCUCCACCAUGAUGACCAGCACAACCAGGGGACUCGGCAGCAUUCUCGGCUCCACCUUCGGAAGUCACCAGGCGAGUGCCUUCAACGCCAGACAAUUCGAGCGGCCGGGGCUGAAGCAGGACGAAAUCGAGGCCAUCAAGGAGGCAUUUGACCUCUUCGACACCGACAAAUCAGGUGCGUGUUGACGUGAAAGGCGGCAAUAUGAGCAUUUCAUCGCGCGUGUGUGCAUGACGGCAGGUACAAUCGACACAAAGGAGCUGAAGGUGGCGAUGGCGUCUCUGGGUUAUGAGGCCAAGAGCGAGACCAUCUUCCAGAUGCUGGCUCAGCUGGACAAGGACGGCUCCAACACGCUCGACUUCGCCGAGUUCCUUGACCUCAUGGCGGCUGACGACGACAAGGAAAAGAGACGCGAAGUGGAAAAGGUACUCGGCAGACAGAGAGAGAGAGAGAGAGAGAGAGACUGCGGGGUGUCACUGAGUGUCUCUUACUUGUGUGUUGGCAUCUUUGUGCAGAUAUUUCAGCUGUUUGAUCCAGAGGGGACGGGUUAUCUCAGCGUAAAGGGGCUGGCCAAAGUUGUCAAGGAGCUGGGUGAGUGGGCAAAAUAGACACCAGAAUGACGAAUGAACGUGUGUCUUCUCUCUGUGUCUAUAUUUCGUCAGGUGAGGGGCUCGGCAUGGCCGAAUUAGAGGUGGGCGAGGCCAUAAAGGCCAGGUAGCAACAUACGAGCUGGUGUUCUUCCGUCUCUGCGUUGUUCAGGAGAUAAUCGCCAAGGCCGACAGUGACGGUGACGGUCUGCUCGGCUUUGACGAUUUCUACACUGUCAUGACCAAACAGACCUUCCCGUAAUGGAUUUAUCGAUUGAUGACGGCAUGGCCAUGACACGCUGUACAGUGGUCGGUGUGAAUG